AAAACCCCUCUCUCUCUCUCUCUCCCCCCUCACAAUCUCUUCUCCCGGAAGCCCGCAACAAAACCGAUUUUCAUGCACGCAACCCGUUUCGGACAUAAAAACCGUCCGAAACCCAUUUUUGUUCACUGCAACUGCAGAGCUUUCAAUCUUUCAUGGCAGACAACAACAACAACAACAACCAGGGAAUCAAAGCUCCCAAGGUAGUAGAAGACAAUAAAAAAACAGAAGUAGCAAUUGAGAAGAUAGAAGAAGAUGCAGAACAGGAGAAACCUCUUCCAGAGUUACAUAGCUCUGUGGCUUCUGUAAUUGAACCUGAUCCUCCUCCGGUCGAACCGGAGUUCAGAGACCAGACUACUUCUCCUGCAGAAACCCUAGUGGUGCCUCCUCCUCCUUCGGGCAAUGAUCAUGAUUCCGAUUGCUGUUCUUUCUCUCAGUUGCUUGCUGGGGCGAUUGCUUCUCCGGGAGCGAAUUCGACCAACCCUCUUUCUGAGGGAGUCGAUGUGAAGCCAACUGUUUCUACUGAUCCGACUGGGUAUCCAAUGGUUUGCCCACUGACAUCCUUCGACCCCUCCGGAUUCAAGGGGCAAUUUGGGAUGUCUCAUCAGGAAGCCUUGGCAAGUGUGACAGCUCAGGCUGCUCAAGCUCAGGCACAGAAGCAGCUUCAGAUUGAGUAUGCAUCACCUUCAUCAGAGUUAUCACCUGUUUCUCGUACACAAUCCACAUCAUCUCCACAGAGUUCCACAACACAACAACAAGGACUGGCACCAGUUCCUCAAGAAAAUAGUAUCUCUACACCAGAAGUGGAGCAGCAGAAUUCCUCUGACGAGAAAAAUAAAUCAGCUCUAGUUGUUGCAAAGACACCCACCAGUGAUGGGUACAACUGGCGAAAGUAUGGGCAGAAGCAGGUCAAGAGCACUGAGAGUUCUCGAAGCUAUUACAAAUGCACAUUUUCUGAUUGCCAUGCUAAGAAGAAGGUUGAGCGUUGUGAUCACACUGGCCGUGUGACUGAAAUUAUCUAUAAAGGUCGGCAUAACCAUGAGCCACCUCGAAAGAUUAGGUGCACUAAAACAAGGAGGCUUGUGUCAUCUGCUGGGCCUAUUGUAGAAACUGAAACUAUAGAUCAUCCAGUCAAAAGACUUGAUGAUUAUGAGCCAUCUACAUCAAGGGGAGAACCUAGUCAACCAACACUGCCAACACCUGAACAGAAACGACAUAGCUCAGAUGCUUCUGGCACAGGUGCUGAAACUAAAGCUGAGGGAGAAAAUGGUGAUGAACCAGAACCAAAGCGAAGGAUGAAGGACAACAAUGUAACCUAUUCAGGUCCUGUACUUAAAACAAUCAAGGAGCCUAAGAUUGUUGUUCAAGCAGCUGGUGACGUGGGGAUCUCAAGUGAUGGCUACAGGUGGCGUAAGUAUGGGCAGAAAAUGGUGAAAGGAAAUCCUUAUCCCAGGAGCUACUAUAAGUGCACAUCUGCUGGAUGUCCGGUCCGCAAACAUGUUGAGAGGGCUGUGGAUGACACAACAGCUGUUCUAAUAACAUAUGAAGGAAAACAUGACCAUGAUAUGCCAGUACCUAAGAAGCGGCAUGGUCCACCAAGUGCUGCACUUCUUAUAGCUGCUGCUGCUGCCAUGAAUAAUGCACAGUUAAAGAAACCUGAAGCUUUACCGAACCGAAGAGCUACGACAACAAAAUGGUCAAUGGAUGUGGAAGGUGAGUUCCCUGAUGAGAAGGCAUUAGAACUUGGAGGUGAGAAGGCCUUGGAGUCUGCCCGAACCCUUCUAAGCAUUGGAAUUGAAUUGAAGCCUUGUUGAAACUAGGAACCCAAAAAUCCUUGUGCCAUUAUUAAUGAGAAUCAUGUUCAGCUGUCUCAGCCUAAACAAACUGAUCUAUGAGUUUGCCAAAAUUUUGGCUGCAGCUCUUUAUUUAUUUUAUUUUAUUUUUUCAGCUGUGUCUCUUCCAUCAGCCUUUCUGUAAACAGCUCUGUAUAUCUGGCCUUGUACAUUCUUAUAGCUGGUUUAAGCCAGGCCAAAAUCAGCACAUUAUUGGAUAUAUAGGCA